AACAACACAAGAAAACAUACACAAAGAAGACAGCAUCAGCUUCAACAUGGCAAGCUCCAACUUCCCCUUAUGUUUCCUGACCAUCUUUGCUAGCCUGCUCAUCCCAGCCAUCUGCCAUGGUCACUCCCAGAAGCCCAAAAAACAUGUGCCAUUGUUCGUCUUUGGCGAUUCCCUCUUUGAUCCUGGUAACAAUAUCUACCUCAACAGUAGCCACAAGGAGGCAUCAGCUUUCUGGCCAUAUGGGGAAACCUUCUUCAAGCAUCCUACCGGCAGACUUUCUGAUGGCCGUUUAGUCCCUGAUUUUAUCGCUGAGUUUAUGAAGCUGCCAUUGCUUCCACCAUAUCUACAACCUGGUGCACAUAGAUUUACUGAUGGGGCCAACUUUGCUUCUGGUGGAGCAGGUGUUCUUGCUGACACUCAUCCUGGAACUAUAAGUCUUCUACUGCAGCUGAGCUAUUUCAAGAAUGUGGUGAAGCAAUUGAAACAGAAGCUAGGUAAUGCGAAGACCGAGAAGCUACUGAUGGGAGCCGUUUACUUGUUCAGCAUUGGUGGCAAUGACUAUGGUGUCUUUCAAAUGAAUUACCCCAAUGCUUCUCUAUCCCACCAGAGAGAAUAUGUCGGAAUGGUGAUUCAAAAUUUGACAUCUGUCCUUGAAGAAGUCCAUCAAAUUGGAGGUAGAAAAAUUGCAUUUCAGAAUGCAGGCCCUUUCGGUUGUCUACCUUUAACACGAGCUGGGACAAGGAAUGGCGCCUGCGCUGAAGAACCCUCAGCAAUGGCAAAACUACACAACACAGCCCUAGCCAAUGUCCUGAAGAAGUUACAGACUCGCCUAACAGGAUUCAAAUAUUCAAUUUUUGAUUACUACAAUUCACUUGGUGAAAGAAUAAACAACCCUUUAAAGUAUGGUUUCAAGGAAGGCAAAAGGGCAUGCUGUGGAAGUGGGGCAUACAGGGAAAGCAACUGUGGGGGGCAAGGAGGAACCACAAAGUUUGAAGUGUGUAGCAUUCCUGGUGACUAUGUCUGGUUUGAUGGUGGCCACACCACUGAAAGGGCCAAUAGGCAAUUGGCUGAGCUGCUGUGGAAUGGAACUCCUAAUUGCACAGCACCCAUUAAUCUGAAGCAGCUGUUUGAACAUAUGUGAUUGUAGUAGUAGAUCAUCAUAUAAUCCUUAGAGAUUCCUAGUACUUUUUCUGCUUCUGCUUCUGCUUCUUGAGAUGGUUUCAGAGGUGUUCCUGAUUGAUGAUCACUAGUCAAUAGACUAUAAGUUUUCACCUACCCA